UUACAGGUGAUAAUACGUGACAGUCAUGAUGAUCCGGGCUUAGUAGGGCAAACAGGAAUAAUUCGUAGUAUUUCUGGAUCAAUGUGUUCUGUAUUUUUGCCUGAAGAAGAUCGUGUCGUGAAUAUAAUGAGUAACCACUUAGAUCCAGUUAGACCACAACGUGGAGAUGCAUUUAAAGUAAUUAUCGGGGAAGAAAGAGAAGCUACAGGAGAGCUGCUGUCUAUUGAUUUGCAUGAAGGGGUUGUGAAAAUAAAGACUGACAUCAAAUUAAUGCCCCUUUCAAGUUUAUGUAAAAUGAGAAAGCCAGAUCAUUAAUUAAUUAAGGCAAGAAUUAACGUUAAAAAAUAUUGGGGUAAUGUUUUUUUGUUAAUAUAUUUGAUGGAAUAAGUCUUAGAGUACUGUAAAAUAUAAAUAAAAGCAUAGUUUAUUCUAAAUUAAAAGAUAAAAUGAACUUCA